AGAGAAUUAAAAUCUUAUUUCCAUGUUCACUCUCUCACAACCUCCAAACUCGAAGUGCGCGUAUUUUGUAGAUUCAAAUUCUCAAACCCAAAACUCCUCCAAAACCAAACCUUCACCCAAACCCCACAAUUUUCUCCAAUUUCUUCAACAAUGGCGGAAUUAAAAGACCCCAAGAACAACAAACCCAAACCGAUUCUUCAACCAAGAAAAAAGAGAAAAACGACCCAAGAAGAACCAGACCAAGACCAAGAAUCACUCCCCGACAUUGAAGAUUUAUUCAAUAACCAAGAAACCCAGAAAAUCAGAGACUCACUCCUCCAAUGGUACGACAAAAACCAGAGAGUAUUACCAUGGAGAAAACCAAAAACAACAGACCCAUCUCAAGCAAACGAAGAAGACAAAGAAAAGAGAGCUUAUGGGGUUUGGGUAUCUGAGAUAAUGCUGCAACAAACAAGGGUUCAGACUGUCAUUGAUUACUAUAACCGUUGGAUGUUAAAAUGGCCCACUCUUGGUCAUUUAGCUCAGGCUUCUCUUGAGGAGGUGAAUGAGAUGUGGGCUGGUUUAGGGUAUUAUAGGCGCGCUCGUUUUUUGUUAGAGGGAGCUAAAAUGAUCAAUUGCCGGGAAGACGGAUUUCCAAAUACGGUGUCUUCCUUGAAGAAGGUUCCAGGAAUAGGAGAUUAUACAGCUGGUGCAAUUGCUUCUAUAUCAUUUAAUGAAGUCGUGCCCGUUGUCGAUGGAAAUGUAAUAAGAGUGCUGACUAGGUUGAAGGCCAUUUCUGCAAAUCCAAAAGAUUCUACGACUCUCAAGAACUUAUGGAAAUUAGCAGCACGACUAGUUGAUCCAUUUCGUCCUGGUGAUUUCAAUCAGUCUCUGAUGGAACUCGGUGCAACAGUGUGCACUCCAUCAAAUCCAAACUGCGCUUUAUGUCCCGUUUCCAGCGAAUGCCGUGCACUUUCAAUUUCCAAUCUGGACAAAUCAGUUUUGGUUACAGACUAUCCUAUGAAGGUUGCAAAGGUGAAACAAAGACAUGACUUUUGUGCGGUUUGUGUGGUGGAGGUAUUUGGAACCCAAGGUUCGGUUGAAGAUGAGCAAACUGAUAGCAGAUUUCUUCUUGUAAAGAGGCCAGAUGAUGGUCUGCUCGCUGGUCUUUGGGAGUUCCCGACUUGCAUGUUGGACAAAGAAGUUGAUUUAUCGAAAAGGAGAAAAGAAAUCGAUCACUUUCUAAAACAAUCAUUCAAACUUGACCCGGGAAAGACGUUUAGCAUAGUUCUGAGAGAAGAUAUUGGAGAAUUUGUUCACAUUUUCAGUCACAUCCGUCUCAAGGUUUACGUGGACUUCCUCGUAAUACGUCUUACAGGCGGGAUGAGUCGAAAUUUUUAUAAGCAAGAAAAAGAAGCUAUGAAUUGGAAAUGUGUGGACAAGAAGACCCUUUCAACUUUGGGAUUGACUUCAGGAGUAAGAAAGGUCUACACAAUGGUUGAGAAGUUUAAACAGAAGAAAUUGUCAACUGAUUCUGCUCCAGCAAGAAAAAGAAUUAACUCCAGGAAAGUUAGCCCCAGAGCAUCCCCUACCGAUCGGGUAUGAUGAUUCAUGGGCUGGGCUUCAGUGGAUUGCGAGUCACUCCAACGGGCUGGGACCUGAUCCGUGGCUCAACGAGCACG